CUCAUGCGCUGCCGCGGAAGUUACCGGAAAGGGAUUGAAGCCGGGUCACCUUUAAGGAGCUUGGAAGGAAGUGUUUGGCCUUGGUAACGGUGUCGCGAUGUGGUUCGAGAUUCUCCCAGGGAUCGCCGUCAUGGCCGCGUGCUUAUUCAUCCCGGGAAUGGCCACUGCACGCAUCCACAGGUUCACUAACGGGGGCAAGGAAAAAAGGGUUGCCCAUUAUUCAUAUCAGUGGCAUUUGAUGGAAAGAGACAGGCGCAUCUCUGGAGUUAAUCGUUACUAUGUGUCAAAGGGUUUGGAGAACAUUGAUUAAGGAAGCAUUUUCCUGAUUGAUGAAAAUAACUCAGUUAUGCUUGUCUACCCCUGCUAGAAGGUUAUGCAGUGUAUUGUGUUGCAUGCAGUGUAUUUUGUAGUGUGUAAUAAAAAUAAAACAAAAAAGUAAAA